GAUUGAACUUUUGAACCUGAUGCUCCCCUCCGACUCAACUAAUCCUGCAGUUCAAAGAAUGGAUCAACUAGCUAGAGAGUUUAAUCUUACAUUUCCUUUCCAUCUUCCAGCUAAUAGCAAGGAUGAGAGGAACUCCAGUAACCUGAUCUGGGUUGUGUUGUUCAGUAUGCUCUUCAUCCUCUCCUUCCUAUCCAACAUCUCUCUCAUCCUGGCUGUUCUAUCCAACUCUAGAAAACGGACCGGGGUUCAUCUAAUUAUUUGUUUACUGUUCCUUGUCAAUCUAGUCGACUACGGUCUCCUCAUUCUUGAGUUUUCAACAGGUGUUAGUUCACAUUUCCCCUGGGGAGAAGAAAGUUGUGCAGUUUAUCAGUAUUUUCUUCAAUCUAAUCCUUUAUACUACUCUGCUCUACUUGUUCUACUGGUCUACCAUGCUAGUAAACCUGCUGGUGGGCUAAACACUGUCUGGUGGAACCUAGUUCUCCUGGUUAUCUUGGUUCUUCUGGUGUCCCUUCCUACAAUCCUAUACUCAGAUACAGCAGUUUAUCCUAGCGGAGCAAGGUUAGUUCUAUUCUCCCUUCCUACAAUCCUAUACUCAGAUACAGCAGUUUAUCCUAGCGAAGCAAGGUUAGUUCUGUUCUCCCUUCCUACAAUCCUUUACUCAGAUACAGCAGUUUAUCCUAGCGGAGAAAGGUUAGUUCUAUUCUCCCUUCCUACAAUCCUAUACUCAGAUACAGCAGUUUAUCCUAGCGAAGCAAGGUUAGUUCUGUUCUCCCUUCCCACAAUCCUAUACUCAGAUACAGUAGUCUAUCCUAGCGGAGCAAGGUUAGUUCUAGUCUCCCUUCCUACAAUCCUAUAUUCAGAUACUUUGCAGUCUAUCCUAGCGGAGCAAGGUUAGUUCUAUUCUCCCUUCCUACAAUCCUAUACUCAGAUACAGCAGUUUAUCCUAGCGGAGCAAGGAAUUAGUUCUAUUCUCCCUUCCUACAAUCCUAUACUCGGAUACAGCAGUCUAUCCUAGCGGAGCAAGGUUAGAUUUGUAGAUUU